AGGCAUGGUCCAAGCACGUGAAUAGGUCAUAUACGGUUAGACCAAGCAGUUGGCCCUUCCACGGGGCAUCAAGCACGAACCACUUGCGUGAAAGUCCGGUACGGCCGUCAGUGGCGUUAGCAACAAUACUUGGUGAGUUUGCUCCGAGAAUUACCUAAUCGCUCAAAUUCAGGGUCAACGCUGCCUGGGGGGUUCAAUUCUGGUCGAUUGUUGGGAACCCGAUCACAAGACGGGUAUCUCAGACUCUCAUUGUGAAGGAGAAAGAGCAGGCUUCUAAAUAUUCUACUAUUCUGUGUGGCAAAAUUUCUUUCAAACCGCCGUCACAUUGCCUUACACAUUUGUUUGACAAAAAGUUUACCUGGGUGCUGGCCAUUUCUUUUGCGAGUGCGUAACAAUGUCCAGCUCGCCAAGAAGCGCCGAUUCCACUUCCGGUGCUCCGUCCCAAGGACGGAAGCGAUCCGUGUCUAUCGGCCAAAAAUUCCUAUCACGAAAUUGGGGACAGAGUGGAGCGGAGAUAGGUGAGGGCGAGCCAUCUGAGCUCAGCGAUACAGGUGGACGAAGGGCAUCCAUGAUUCAAGGUAGAAGGCUAUCCGAAUACGGCCGCCCAAAGUCGACCGGUUUGUCCACCCCUGUGCCCGCUGAAGCGUCGUCUUUCUCAUCGGAUACAGAGGAGGACAGCACCGAGCGCCGAGUGCGUAUUGCGCGCGUCAUGACUAAACAACAGCAUCGGACUUCUGCCCAUGUUCAACAGUUCUCUAAAAUCAACGUGACGGUCACCGGCACGGAUGUGACCUUGGAAAUGACAGUUGACAGAGAUCAAACUGUGGAGCACUUAGCAAAGCAGAUUGAGGCGGAGUAUGCUUACAAGUUCUUUCUGCAUGAAGAAGACCGCUCUGCAAAUCAGAAGAAGGGCCGAGAUCCAUUGGUUAUUGGCCAGGUCUACGAUGCCGGGAUGUUAGCUUUGAAGUUUGAAGACAGGAUAGGUGAUGUGCUGGGGUAUACGGAGACCGUUUCUGUCAUCAAUGCCUUUGAAGGGGAAAGUAUCAAUCGCAAUAUGUCGCCCGUGGACGUCGAAGUAUCAGAUGCAGAAUGCUUAGAAUUGUCCGGUAGUCGCGCAUCGGAUGGAAAUGGAAUUUCUCCGGGAGAGCACCUUCCACCUCUCGUGAUCCCGAAUCUCGAAGAUUCAAUCAAUGAGGCAUCAUCAGUGUUGAGUGGACAGGAUCCCUCCGCUUCAGAUAAGAGUCUCUUAAUAACGUCAGCAGCAUCCUUGUUGUCGAACGUAACUACCGCGACGGACAAAUCCGCAACAAAAGCCCCUCCACGAUCCCGCCAAUCAUCUCUGUAUCCUACCACUUCAUCGUUAGACGAUCGCCUGCAAUCGUGUCUUCGAAAUAAACUAGCUCUUCGCUAUUUUUCCGAAUUCUGCGUUGAAGAGUACACCAUUGAAAACCUUCUCUUCUGGCUCGACGUUGAAAUUUUUCAAUCCUGCAAACCGCUUGCAAGGGAUACGUAUUCCAAGUACAUCUACCUGACAUAUAUUGCACCAAAUGCCCCGUUACAAGUCAAUAUAUCAGCGGAGAUCCGAAAAGAUAUUCAGUGGCCGAUGCCAGAAGGAUAUGUCGAUGAAACGAUUUUUGAUGAGGCACAAGAGCAAGUGUACGCUAUGCUAAAAGGGCACUCUUUUCUGAGAUUUGAGAAGAGUGCAAAAUACAAGCAAUACCAAGAGGCAAAACAGACUGAUCGCACCGAGUUUCUACGAGGUCGCAUUACUGGUCCCUUUGCUGCUCAUUUUCCGACCAACGCCGAGACGGCUCGUUCCAUCAUUCCCAUUCUCGAAUCCAAUCCUCUGGUAGAAUCCCCUACAAUGCUUGGUACCCUCGUAGGUGACAAGAACAAUAGGAACUCCAAGAUAAUGACGAUCAAGUUCAAAGAAUCGGUUCUUACCAAGACUUUGACACAAUACUUUCCUUUGGCUAACCGUAUUUUGGAGGGCUACUUCAAUGAUGCCAAUCGAAGUUCAUGGGCAGAAAAGCAGCGGAGAAUGCAUAAGGAAAAGAAAUUGGCAAAGUUCUUCGGGGAACGGCCUUCUGUGGAACUCAUUCAAAAGCAGAUUUUUGCUGCCUCAGAUGUAUACUUGGCUGGCUUGGAAGAUAUUUUAGCAUUUGGAGACUCUUCGGAUGACCUGCUUCUUGUGAGAAAGAGCGAUGAACUGGCGAAUACCGAGGACCCUACUAGCAUGAGCCAAAGACGAAAGAAGAAGGAUAAAUUAGAGACGUUCUUCGGGGACAAACUGACCAGUCAGCAGAAGCGAACGCAACAAAUUGUCGUCCCCGGCCAAACGACUUCUAUUUUGGGCUCGGAGCUAGGGGAAACUGGAUCAUCAGAAUCUACCGAAUCCGCGAAUUCCGACGAGGAAGUUGCACCCGUAGAAACAACCAACGAACUAGACCCUAACGAACGUCGCAUCCUACAACGUCGCACGAAAAAGAUUGCCAGCAUGCUGGGUGAAUCAUUGGACGAACGAACGAUUUCACAGACUGUCACAUUCCCGGCCAUGCAAGAGAAGUUGUUCUCGAGCCAGAAUCUUAGUGGUUUGGCUCUAGGAGGGGAUAGCAAUAUGCCAAUGCCUGUAACCGACAGCGAUAUAAAGGCGAGAUUCACCAGCCGUGACUUUGAUACUAGGUCGGCGACGAAUACCGUUGAUAGUUCUAUCAGCGAAGAAGCUGACGCUGACUCAAAGUACGCGCAUAAGAGGCGUUUAGAUAAGAUCUCCAGUCUAAUGGGACAACGUAUCGGGGUUACUGAAAUCCAAGAAGCGCAAGCUACCGCCAACUUUAGCCCACAGCCGGUACGACGGCCUCUUACGCAGGAGGAGAAGAAACAAUUCCAAAAGAAAGCUAGUAAACUGGAGCGUCUCCUUGGUCAACUUCCACCCACCGAAGCCCUUUUGUCAUCUCUCGCUCCGACCGACAAGCCUGAGGUUACUCGUGUUCGUAGAAGUCUGGCAGGCCUAUCUUUUAUUUUGCGACAAGCAAAAGACGCCGUGGAUAUUUUGGAUGCCUUGACCGCGAUCAGCGAGGACAAGGAGAUACCACUACCGCCGCCGCCCCAAAGUACUGGCAUAUCAAAAUCUCCUAGCACACAGUCAAACAUCUCAGAUGUUCCCGCCUUCUUGACGCCGGGCAUUUCGAUGGAUCUGAAUAAAGAGUCCAGGCAGAAGCGAUUAAACAAACUGCGAAAGUUCUUUGGGGACAAUAUCAGUGUGGAAAUUCUUGUCGAAUCCCAAAUUCUAGGUGACCUGGAACGGUCAAUUGAAGAGGAGGUUGUGGAUGAAAAUGAGCUCGAACGACUCCGCCGACAAGUCAACGACCUCCGCGAGGACCUUCGACGAAGAAGCGACCAGUUCAGGUACGAGUUGGAUCAAGAUGACGCUGGAGAUUCUAGUGAGGCCGCAAAUUACCUUGCAGUUCCAAAGCGAAACUCGGUGACACAGCGCGUGCGUGAUAUGGUGCCCAGAAUGUCUGUUGAGCGACAGUCGUCAGCGGAUGUAGGGUCAAGCAAAAUCCAGGGAGCAGACAAGGAGAUGGUGCAGGGAGAACAGAAAGUAUAGGAUGGUAGUUAAAAGUACAAGUAGGUACUUGGGUGUGGGAGUGGAUGCCAGUUGGGUCCUUACCAAGGGACCCUUAGCUUUGAAGUGAGUACUUUUCACGUCAAAAUGAAAUGUUUUAUUAUAAGUUGACAUACACGGAAUAUAUCGUACGCUAUGCACAUCCGCAUUAUGAUUUACCGA